AUGACCAGCGCAGCCCCUGCUAAGAAACCGUACCGUAAGGCCCCACCUGAGCAUCGGGAGUUGCGGCUGGAGGUUCCUGGAUCCCGGCUGGAGCAGGAGGCGCCCCUGACCGAUGCAGAGAGGAUGAAGCUGUUGCAGCAGGAGAACGAGGAGCUCCGCCGGCGCCUGGCCUCAGCCACCAGGCGCACCGAGGCCCUGGAGCGCGAGCUGGAGAUCGGGCAGGACUGCUUGGAGCUGGAGCUGGGCCAGAGCCGCGAGGAGCUGGACAAAUUUAAGGACAAGUUCCGCAGGCUUCAGAACAGCUACACGGCUUCCCAGAGGACCAACCAGGAACUGGAGGACAAGCUGCACACACUGGCCUCUCUUAGCCACAGCUGGAUCUUUGCAAUCAAGAAAGCGGAGAUGGACAGGAAGACGCUGGACUGGGAGAUCGUGGAGCUGACCAACAAGCUGCUGGACGCCAAGAACACCAUCAACAAGCUGGAGGAGCUCAAUGAGCGGUACCGGCUGGACUGCAACCUGGCUGUGCAGCUCCUCAAGUGCAACAAGUCCCACUUCCGCAACCACAAGUUCGCCGAUCUGCCCUGUGAGCUACAGGACAUGGUUCGGAAACAUCUGCACAGUGGUCAAGAGGCUGCCAGCCCGGGCCCCGCCCCUAGCCUGAUGCCAGGGGCUGUGGUACCUACCUCGGUCAUUGCCCGGGUGUUAGAGAAGCCAGAGUCUCUACUGCUCAACUCGGCCCAGUCAGGCAGUGCCGGGCGCCCCUUGGCCGAGGAUGUCUUUGUGCACGUGGACAUGAGUGGGGGGGGCCCGGGUGACCCAGCCAGUCCCCCAGCCCCUGGCAGCCCCACCUCACAACCCAAUGGGGAAUGCCGCUCCCUGGGCACUGCUGGGGGCUCCCCAGAGGAGGAGUUGCCCCUGCCAGCCUUUGAGAAGCUGAGCCCCUACCCCACCCCAUCUCCACCACACCCGCUGUAUCCUGGCCGCAAGGUAAUCGAGUUCUCUGAGGAUAAGGUGCGAAUCCCCCGCAACAGCCCCCUGCCCAACUGCACUUACGCCACCCGCCAGGCCAUUUCCCUGAGCCUGGUGGAGGAGGGCAGUGAGCGGGCCCGCCCCAGCCCAGUGCCCAGCAGCCCUGCC